AUGUUUGAAGGGGACACUAUGUUACAUAAUGUACCUCUUCUUGCUCAUUUGGCUAAGGUCAUUGUUGAAAAAUUUUGUGAUGGUAGUGCUCUUGUGUAUGUGCCAAUAGAUGAGGUUACUAUUAUAGUACAAACACUUCAAACUUUCAUUGACUGGCCUAAACAUCUAGUUAGUCCCAUAUCAGACACCACA